GAGAAAUUCGCAAGGCGAGUUUCAACUCCUUAUCAAUCGAACCCACCCAAAACUAAAUCAUUCGAAAUAAUAGUUACUAUAAUUCCCGCUCGGAGCGUUACAUCGAUGCCUCUGCAGCAAGUCUCACUACUUGAAAACGCAGCUAUUGAGCGAGACAUUAGACUCAGCAAGAAAUUGUCGUAUUUCUUAAGACACGGAGCCUUUGAAGCAAAAAUUGUGAUAAAACCUGAUGGUUACACCAAUGUGAUUGAACUCCUAAAGAAUCAUUUACCUGGCUAUCAUUUGGACGAUAUCAAGAGAGUCGUGAGUAACGACAAUAAGCAGCGAUUUGCUUUGAGUGAUCAAAGUGGUGUGUUGGAGAUAAAAGCAAACCAAGGUCAUUCCAUAAAAGAAGUUAAUCAGUUGGAGCUGAAACUAGUGGAAAAUCCAAACUUUGACAUAAUCCACGGAACUUUUUUGAACUGCUGGCAGAAAAUUAAAAGCAAAGGAUUGUCUUGUAUGAAAAGAAAUCACAUUCACUUUUCUAAAGGCUUAGAUUGUGUUUAUUGUAUGAGACAAAAUGCAAAUCUAUACAUUUAUAUUGAUUUUCAUGAAGCAACAAGAAGCAAUUUGAGGUUUUUUGAAUCGGAGAAUGGUGUUAUUCUGUGUGCUGGCAACGAGCAGGGAAUACUAGAGGUUAAAUACUUUAAAAAAGUUGUUACACGACAGGGAGAAAUUCUUUACUGCAAAUCCUGAAAUUCGAAUGAAGAUUGACAUCAAUUAAGCUCUUUUUAUCGCCAAAAGAUUAGCGCAAAUAAAAUUCUUUGUGAACACAAAAAAAGAUGAAGAAA